AUGAUGGCUUCAUCUUCUUCUUCUUCUUCAGCUACUGUCGCAGUGGAGAAGGCGACCAGCGAUCUUCUUAUGGGCCCUGAUUGGACCAUGAACAUCGAAAUUUGUGAUUCCAUCAAUUCUAAUCAUUGGCAGCCAAAAGAUGUGGUAAGAGCUGUGAAGAGAAGAUUACAACAUAGGAGCUCUAGAGUUCAAUUACUAGCUCUCACGCUGCUGGAGACAAUGGUAAAGAACUGUGGUGAUUUUGUGCACUUUCAAAUUGCUGAGAGGAACAUACUGGAGGAGAUGAUCAAAAUCGUAAGGAAGAAGUCGGAUAUGCAAGUGAGGGAUAAAAUCUUGAUAUUGUUGGACUCAUGGCAAGAGGCAUUUGGAGGACCAGGUGGUAAACAUCCUCAGUACUAUUGGGCAUAUGAGGAGUUAAAGCGAUCUGGAGUAGUUUUUCCAAAGCGAUCACCAGACGCAGCUCCAAUAUUUACUCCUCCUCCUACCCAUCCAAAUUUAAGAAAUAUGCAAGCUGGAUAUGGGAUGCCAACCAAUUCAUCAAAAACACUGGAUGAAACAAUGGCAACAGAGAUAGAAAGUUUAAGCUUGGAUUCCAUGCAAGAUGUUUUGGAUCUUUUGAGUGAUAUGUUGCAGGCAGUGAAUCCUAGUGAUCGUGCAGCUGUAAAAGAUGAAGUUAUUAUUGAUCUUGUUGAUCGCUGUCGCAUAAACCAGAAAAAGCUGAUGCAGAUGCUAACAACAACUGGGUUGGUUCCACUCGGCUUUUCAAUCUGGCACACCCAAAAUAUACUUGUUUGUUACUUCGUGUCCGCAGAUAUGUGGAAUAAUUUGUUAUCAUUUUGGUUAUGUCGUAGGGAUGAGGAGCUUCUUGGACGAGGCCUGGAAUUAAAUGAUAGUAUUCAAAGUUUGCUUGCAAGGCAUGAUGCAAUUGCUUCUGGUACUCCCUUUCCAAUUCAAGGAGCAAGUUCCAGCACUGUGUCAACUGAAGUUCAGUCUAGUGUGGAUCAAUCCAAUAGAAAGAGCUCCAGCCCUCGAGAGUCUUCUUCAGCACCUAAAUCUAGUUCUUUAGCACCUAAAGCUAGCUCUUCCGCCAUUGUCUUUUCUGAAACCAGGAGGCAGAGCGAUGAAGAGGAAGAAGAUGAAUUUGCACAGCUAGCUCGGAGGUCACUUAGAACUGAUAAUAUAUUUAAAAUUGAUAUUUUUGUGCUCAUGGUUAUUGAAACAUAUCUUUCUUUUCAGUCUUGCUUGCUUAUAACUUAUCCAAAAGAUAAACUGGUUUAG